AUGGUCGAACUGCUGUUUCACUCUGUUAAGCCACCUGCCAUCUAUAAGGCCAUGUUGGUCACAAUGGCCACCGGAAAGCUGGUUCUGUGGCCUUUUGCCGCUCCCAUUUUGGACUCUUCUUGGUUGUCGGUCGCAUCCGGUCUGCUUCUGUUUGGAGGAGGCGCCUUGUUGGCCGUGGCGCCCAAGAAACUCUUUCAAAGAACUCAAACUCCCAUGAUGGGUGGUCCCAGCAAAACAUCACCCCUUCAUACCGAGCACGCCUUUGCGCAUACCAGAAAUCCCAUGUAUUUGGGGAUUUCCAUUGGUUUGGCGGGAGCCGCCCUUCUCACCAACAUUCGAGUCCAUUUGAUCUUUCCAGUUGUCAAUGUGUUGAUCAUGAAUACUUUCUACAUCCCUAAAGAAGAAGCUGAGUUGUUAAAGAGGUUUGGAAAAGAAUAUGGAGACUACCGAAAACGAGUUCGUCGAUGGAUUUAA